AUGAAGGUACAUUCAGAGGACCUGAAAAACGUUCAAGUGGAUAGUUCUAACAGUAAAACUAAAAAAGUUUUAACUUAUCUUACUAAUUUUUGCAACAAUACAAGUAUUCAUGGAUUUAGAUAUCUCGCUGAAAGUAGAAGACCAGUUUCAGAAAAAAUAUGGUGGUUAGUGAUUCUCUGCGGUUGUUUCUACAUGUGUGGAAAUUUGAUAGCAUCAACAUUGAAGAGGCGGGAUGAAAAUCCAAUUUUUACAAGUUCUAGCCUAAAUCCAGGGUACCUGUGGGAUGUGCCGUUUCCUGCUGUUACGAUUUGUUCAGAAAUAAAAAUUAAAAAGAGCAUGUACGAUGUAAACAAUCACAUUGCGAAAAUUAGGGAGAAGAAUAUCACGGAUGAAGAAAAGAAUCGUGUUUUGGGUGUUAUGUUAUUUUGCGAAUUGCCGUUGCCUAGAUAUAAACACACUGCUGUAGAUUUACAAACGCUUGAUUAUAUACUUGCACAUGCCCCCACAAUGAAAGAAGUUAUAUGGCAUGCUCUUCCAUUUAAAUAUUUGGAUCUAUUUUCUCCAACCCUUACCAACUUUGGCCUUUGCUAUUCGUUCAAUAUGUUAGACAAAAACGAACUAUUCACCGAGGUCACGUAUUUACAUAAAAAUCAUUCAAUACAUCGUAAAAGUUCUCACUGGAACAUUGACAAGAAUUACGACGAAAUACAAAAUGCUACAAUUCCGCAAAGAGCAUCAGAAUUUACAAAAUUUCAGUUAUUUCUGAAAGCAAAAGGUGCUGAUGUAAACGGGUUCUGUAAUCUUAUGUUAGGAUUUAAACUUAUUUUACAUCAUCCAGCUGAGUUUCCAACAUUAGCACCUAGCUAUAUCCCUAUAUCAGUUGAUUCAACACAUAACAUCUGGAUCAAACCUGAAUUGACAAUAACGUCUCAAAAACUGGAAAGCUACGAACCAAGCAAAAGAAGCUGCGUUUAUUCUCACGAACGGCGGUUGAAGUUUUUUAAAAUAUAUACAAAACACAAUUGUAAACUUGAGUGUAUUGCUAACAGUACUUUAGAACAAUGUAACUGUAUUCCUUAUUACCUACCACAUGAACAAGGCACGAAAAUAUGUGGAAUGAGACAACAGAAAUGCAUGGAGCUUGCCAAGGAAAAAGCCUUCAAAAUGGUUAAAUCCAAAGAGAACAGAAAAAUAUUCCGAGAAUGUAACUGUCUUCCAUUAUGUACUUCCAUAACGUACCAUACAGAAAACUACGAAGCUAGAAAUUUUGCUGAUCCUCGUCUAGAAAACAGAUCACAGAUCAAUUUUAUGUUCAAAGAUGAAGAACUGCAAGUAAUGGAAAGACAAGAGUUGUUCAGCAAUUCUGAUUUUUGGGCCAGUUGUGGGGGGCUCUUAGGGUUGUUCACAGGGUUUUCCGUGGUAUCUCUAGCUGAGAUUAUCUAUUUUUCAACAAUAAGAUGGAUACAUGAUUUCUGGCGUGCUGGAAAAGGCAAAUGUUGUAGAAACAAAGAAUCAGGGAAACGUAAUGUCAACGAAAAAGAGUGA